AUGAACCAUCGCUGCACGAAGCCCGCCCAGACAUGCAUCAUCACGCAUAAAGCUGUGCAGUUUUCCCGCUUCUAUUUGGUGGAAUUUUGGACCCAAUCAGCGUGGAGUAAAUUCAAGGACCAAGGUUUGGAACUCAUUGAGCUUCGUGGCGUUGAAUCCCAUGUUUUCGGUGAUAUAAAUAAGCCAGCGACCAUAAACCCAGAGGUGCUCUCGAUCAUCGGCUACCAUCGUAAAAUGGAGCCGAUGGGCUACCAGACUACAGACUGCAUGAGCGCACUCUGGAUUCCUUUCCGCACUUUCGUACUAAUACUGGGUGGGCUCCCCCGCAGUUGGCCAAGAGCCAGGGAGAAUGUCGGCAGGUUUACCGCAUCCUCUGCAUCUGAAACCGUUGGUGGAGGCAGCAAUAUUUUAGGCCUCAAAGGUCUCGCUAAAGAGUAG